CAAAGGAAAUGUUCGACAUUCGCGACCAACCAGAAACCAUCGACAUGAAGUCAAGGGACGAGAAUGGUUCUGCCGAAGUCAAGUCCGACGUGGCUUUGAUCAAUGUUUUGUCGCAGCAAAAGCGGUUGAACUACAGAUUGCCCUGGUACUACGCACCAUCGUUUCUGCUCCUGUGGGUGGCUCUAUUCUACGCCGUGGUGUUCCCCCUCUACCAUCGACUGCCGGACAGUGUCCUGGUAGCGCAUGAGUCCACCAAACCUGGCCAGUUCGUGGCGGAGCGGGCUCAAAGGCUACUCUACAAGUACGACCGCAUCGGACCCAAGGUGGUGGGCAGUGUGGCCAAUGAGGUGACCACGGUGGCCUUCCUCGUCGAGGAAGUCGAGAACAUCCGGGCCGCAAUGCGCAGUGAUCUCUACGAGCUGGAGUUGGAUGUUCAACAGCCCUCAGGCGCUUACAUGCAUUGGCAAAUGGUGAACAUGUACCAGGGCGUUCAGAAUGUGGUCGUGAAAAUAAGUACCAAGAGCUCCAAUAGUUCGUCCUAUCUUCUGGUCAACAGUCACUUUGAUUCCAAGCCCAGCAGUCCUGGUUCCGGUGAUGAUGGCACUAUGGUUGUGGUCAUGCUGGAGGUCCUUCGCCAAGUGGCGAUAUCGGGGUCACCAUUCGAACAUCCCAUUGUGUUUUUGUUCAACGGAGCCGAGGAGAAUCCCUUGGAGGCGUCUCAUGGCUUUAUCACCCUGCACAAAUGGGCUGGUAACUGCAAGGCGCUAGUAAAUCUGGAGGUGGCCGGCAGCGGAGGUCGUGAUCUGUUGUUCCAGAGCGGCCCAAAUAAUCCCUGGCUCAUAAAGUACUACUAUCAAAAUGCGAAACAUCCAUUUGCCACCACAAUGGCCGAGGAGAUAUUUCAGUCUGGCAUUUUGCCCUCCGAUACGGAUUUCCGUAUCUUCCGGGAUUUUGGAGAUCUGCCAGGCCUCGAUAUGGCUCAAAUCAGCAAUGGAUAUGUGUAUCACACCAUUUUUGAUAAUGUUCAGGCGGUGCCCUUGGAUUCCCUUCAAAAUUCGGGAGAAAAUGCUUUGUCGCUGGUGCGGGGUUUUGCAAAUGCCAGUGAAUUGUACAAUCCAGAGGAUCACAGUGAAGGGCAUGCUGUAUUCUUUGACUAUUUGGGCUUGUUUUUUGUGUACUAUACCCAGACCACUGGCGUAAUCCUUAACUGUUGCAUUGCCGUGAUCAGCCUGGUUCUGGUGGGCUGCUCUUUGCUGAGAAUGGCCCGUGAAUCGGAUGCCUCGGUGUGCCAGAUAUCCAUUUGGUUUGCCAUAAUCCUCGGACUACAUGUGCUGGGAAUGGUCCUCAGUCUGGGAUUGCCCCUGCUAAUGGCAGUGCUUUUCGAUGCCGGAGAUCGUUCGAUGACGUACUUCAGUAACAACUGGCUGGUGAUUGGUCUUUUCAUCGUUCCGGCAAUUAUUGGACAGGUUCUGCCCCUGACCCUCUACUAUACCCUGAAGACGAACAACAAAAUUAGCCAUCCCAAUCACAUACAUAUGAGUCUACAUGCGCACUGUGUGCUAUUGGCUAUUAUUGCCAUUAUAUUAACUGCUAUUAGUCUGAGAACCCCUUAUCUCUGUAUGGUGUCGUUGCUUUUUUAUGCGGGAGCUCUUUUGAUUAAUCUGUUGACUACCCUCCAUGAUCGUGGAUACUAUUGGGUGUUGAUCGUGCAAAUCCUGCAAGUGAUGCCGUUCCUGUACUUCAGCUACCUCUUCUACACAUUCCUCCAGGUGUUCUUCCCCAUGUUGGGGCGCUUUGGACAUGGCACCAAUCCAGAUCUCCUAGUUGCCCUCAUCUGCGCUAUGGGCACAUUCUUUGCCCUGGGAUUUGUGGCACCCCUGAUCAACAUGUUCCGCUGGCCAAAGUUGGCUUUGCUCGGUUUGGGAGUGGUCACCUUUAUAUUCAGCAUGAUUGCGGUUUCCGAUGUGGGCUUUCCGUAUCGCGCCAAAACCAGCGUAAUGAGGAUUCACUUCCUGCACGUUCGUCGCAUUUUCUAUGAGUACGAUGGCUCUGUGAGUCUCAGCGAUUCUGGCUACUACUUUGACUUCCAGGAUCGUCGUCUCUAUUAUCCUCUGGAGGAUACUGCUGUGAAUCUAACUGGGAUGGUUAGCACAUCCGCUGAUUGCGAUAAGUACCUGAUGUGCGGUGUUCCCUGCUUCAAUCACCGUUGGUGUAAGACCCGCACCAAUAGUCAUUGGCUGCCGCGGGAGCAGGAGGUGGCCAUUCCGGGGACAACGUCUCUAAAGCUCCUGAGCAAAUCAGUCUUCGACUCUGGAAAGGUGGCUCGCUUCGAAUUCGAAAUCUCUGGCCCACCACACAUGAGCCUAUAUAUUCAACCUCUGGAAGGGGUUGAGGUGGAGGACUGGUCCUUUAUUCGAAAUAUGCUGGAUGAGCCCGACAAGUACUCAGCGCCCUACCAAAUAUUCUUCGCCUAUGGAAAAGAUAACUCUCCCUUGAAGUUUCACAUUGACUUUGCGAAAACCUCGGGAGACUUCAGCACUCCAACUUGCCAGCUGGGAUUUUCCGCCAGUUUUGUGAGCUAUGACUACGAACGUGACGCUGCUGGCUUGAAGUUUAUAUCCGAUUUCCCUGACUUUGCUCACGUUAUGGAAUGGCCGACGCUAUAUGAGCGUUAUAUAUUUUAAAUUGGCGUAGUUAAGAUAGUUAUCGCUUAUUUUUGUUUGCAGCAAACAAAGCCUCUGUUAGUCAUAAAACGUUACAUUAAGAUUAUUAUUAAACGCACUGCUUUGAGUAAUGGA